AUGAUUCGCCAAACACUGCGGCGGGCGAUGAAGCCUUACUUGCACGCCUUCUCCCCUGGUGCGCGUGCCUCUGAGAAGGGCAUGCUGUAUCGCAACAACAACAUGAACGCCCACGCGCGUGUGGCAUCUAUUCAACAGGCCCAACGUACCCACCGAGAGGGAAAAAUAUUUCUUAUGCUCUUGGUACCAGAUCAGAUUUUCUUUUCCGUUUUGCUCGCUGGUGUUUCUAUCAUCGCCAUUUGUCUGUACUUCCGGCAGCAGCCAUUCAGUUUCAAUACGCACAAGCAGCGCUGGAUCCUCGGCGCCCUAAACGAGCACGAGUUCUACCAGCGCAACAGAGAAAUGAGCCAGAUCCUUGAUGCUCACAAAGAAGCUAUCGAAGGGACGAGGGAAGUCAUCGGCAAAUGCCCUGAUGUGUUUAGUCCACCGGAGGGGACGCAGUACAAGAGCCGCUCUGGUGAAUUCGCCCCUCAAUGA